AUGGUUGUCACUGCUGAAUUGAACUUAUCGUCUGCCAAGACUAUCGAAUACGAACAAGAAUACUCUGCUCAUAACUACCAUCCUUUGCCUGUUGUUUUCAGCAGAGCUAGUGGUGCCCAUGUUUGGGAUCCUGAAGGAAAGGAAUAUUUGGAUUUCUUGUCUGCUUACUCUGCCGUCAACCAAGGCCAUUGCCAUCCUCAUAUUAUCCAAGCCCUUGUCGAUCAAGCUUCCAAAUUGACUCUAUCUUCAAGAGCUUUCUCUAACGAUUGUUUUGCUUCCUUUUCUAAAUUUGUCACCGAAUUCUUCGGUUACGAAUCCGUGUUGCCAAUGAACACGGGUGCUGAAGCCGUUGAGAGUGCCUUGAAAUUGGCGAGAAGAUGGGGUUACAUGGUUAAGAAGAUCCAGCCAAAUGAAGCUAUCAUCUUGGGUGCUAGAGGGAACUUCCAUGGUCGUACCUUUGGUGCCAUCUCUUUGUCUACUGAUGAAGAGGACUCAAGAAUGAAUUUUGGUCCAUUCUUGGAAAAUGUCACCGCUAAGAUUCCAGGUGGAUCCGAUGACGAAUUCAUCAGAUACGGUGAAAUUGACGACUAUAAGCGUGCUUUCGAAUCGCACGGUGAUAAAAUCUGUGCGGUUAUCGUGGAACCAAUCCAAGGUGAAGCCGGUAUUGUGGUUCCAAGAGCCGAUUUCUUGACUGAUUUGCAAGAAUUGUGUAAGAAACACCAAGUAUUGUUGAUCUGUGACGAAAUCCAAACAGGUAUCGCUAGAACCGGUAAGUUACUAUGUUACGAACACUCUCCAAACUGUAAACCAGACAUCAUUCUAUUGGGUAAAGCCAUCUCCGGUGGUGUUCUACCAGUCUCAUGUGUCCUUUCCUCCAGGGAAAUCAUGGAUUGUUUCACCCCAGGUUCUCAUGGUUCCACUUACGGUGGUAAUCCAUUGGCUUCUAGAGUCGCUAUCGCCGCAUUGGAAGUUGUUCAAAACGAAAACUUAGUCGAAAGAUCUGCUAGACUAGGUAAAUUCCUACAAGAUGAAUUGGUCAAGCUACAACAUGAAUCUAACGGUGUCAUCAGUGAAGUUAGAGGUAAGGGUUUGUUGACAGCUAUCGUAAUCAACCCAGAAAAGGCCAACGGCAGAACCGCUUGGGACUUGUGUCUAUUAAUGAAAGACCAAGGUGUGUUGGCCAAGCCAACCCAUGAACACAUCAUCAGAUUGGCGCCACCUUUGGUGAUCUCCGAAGAAGAUCUCUUGAAGGGUGUAGACUCCAUCAGAGUCUCUCUAUCAAAGUUGCCAAACGUUCCAAAGUCUCACCAUUAA